AUGGCUGAGCGAGCACCAGUCGCGUAUCCCAAUAUCGGGUCCAGCCAAAUUAAUUUUUCACUUCCAUUAAGAUUGGCGCGUGGGCGAUCUAUGUCUUCGUUACCUAUGCAUUCUUCAACUCGAAAUCAGCUCGAGGUGCCCUGCUCGAUGCGGUGCCGUGCUGCUUCGGCUCCGGUUAGCCCUGUCUAUACGUCUGGCACUACCCCUACACAUCCGUCUGGUUCGGACUCCAUUCGUUCACCUACAUUUUCCGUCCCCACCCCACGAUCACGAACUGUUUCCUCUAUCAAUCGCCAACCACCUCCACGGUUGCAAUUAGAAGAUCAGUCGCGGUUCCGCACCAAUUCUUUAUCAUCGACUACCACAUCGUCUUUGGAGGCCUCUUUAGCUGAACUCCAGGAGUUGAUCGAAGUUCUGAGUACUCCAAUCCCAUUUGAUGAGGAGUUCUUCACUGCCCAAAACGAUUCUGAAACUGGGACAAAAUUCGAGCAAUCCAAAUAUAUUCCCACUACACCCAACAGAGCGAGAGUACUUGUUCCACAAUAUGAGCCCGGGCCGAGAUGGAUUUGA